AUGUUACUAGAGGAUCUAAUUGCUUCUUGUGAUGGAAAAUCUCAUCCUAUUCGUUGUUACUCUGCUACUGAGAUCAUCAGAGCUACUAACAACUUUGAUCGUUCUUGCAUUAUAGAUGAAUUAGUACAGUUCAACAUGUACAGGGCUAUUCUAGACCACCGAACAGUUAUCAUUAAGAAGUACAGACAUAGGGUCGACAAGGCUAUUCGUGAUAUUAUCAUAUCAAUGCAGAUGAGCACCCGUAAGAAUUCCUUGAAAUUAUUAGGCUGCUGCUUAGAGUUCGAGAUGCCAGCUUUGGUGUUUGAAAAUGCAGGAAAAGGAGGUCUCAACUUUGAUGGAAGUUUAGUAGCGGAUAAUGAAUUAUUACCAUGGAAAACUAGACUGCGUAUUGCAAAGCAGCUUGCUAGUGCACUUACAUUCCUCCAUACCGCCUUUCCAAGGCCCAUCAUUCAUAGGUGUGUAUCAUCCUGCUGCGUAUUAUUGGACGAUGACUAUGUUCCCAAACUCUUCGACUUUUCAUUGUCCAUAACCAUUCCUCCUGACCAAUUGUAUGUUGAAGAUUUCCCAAGAGGGACAGUGGGGUACAUGGACCCUACUUACCAAACACAAUAUAUAUGUUCAGAGAAAACUGAUGUUUAUAGCUUUGGUGUGGUUUUACUUGUAUUCUUAAUGCGACGAAAAGCAAGAAUUGUGCGGGAAUACCUUACUAGAGAUCCGAAACUUAAUGUUUCUGAUGGACAGAUUCAAAUAGAGACAAUUGCGGACCCUAAAAUCCUUGGGGAAGUCGGGGGAGAUGAGCAAGCACAACAGCAACUGCAGGAUUUCCUAGCACUGGCAUUGUUAUGCAUCCAAGAGAAAACUGAAGCAAGGCCAGAUAUGAUUGAUGUUGCCAAAGAACUUAGGAUACCUAUUCGCUCUUACUCAGCUGCUGAGCUCGUCAGGGCUACCAACAACUUCGAUCUUUCUCGCAUCAUACAAGAUGAUGGAGACUGCCAAAUUUUCAAUGGUGUUCUAGACAACCGAACAAUUAUCAUUAGGAAGUACAUUAUCCGUUGCUGCUUAGAGUUCCCUCUACCAGCUCUGGUGCAUGAAAAUGCAGCAAAAGGAGUUCUCAGGGAUGAUGGAAGUUUAAGCGUGGCUAAUGGAGGUCAAUCCUUGUUACCAUGGAAAACUAGAUUGCAUAUUGCGAAGCAGCUUGCUAAUGCACUUACAUAUCUCCAUACCACCUUUUCUAGACCCAUCUUUCAUAGGAAUCUGAGAUCCACCUGCAUUUUGUUGGAUGAUGACUAUGUUCCCAAACUCUCCAACUUUUCAUUCUCCAUAAGGGAUCAAUCCCAUGUCAAAGGCGAUAACAAAAUAAGGGCAUCUGGGUACACUGACCCCGACUACCUUGUACUCCUGACGCGAAGAGAUGCAUAUAGCAAUCAAGCAGGAGGACUGGACAUUACUGCAAAUCCGAAAUUUCAUGUUUCUGAUGGCCAGACUCAAAUUCAGACAAUUGUGGAUCCUAAAAUAUUACAGGAGGUAGGGGCAGAUGGGCAUGCACAACAGCAACUGCAGGAUUUUUUAGCACUUGCACUGUCAUGCAUCCAAAACCAAACUGAAGAAAGGCCAAAAAUGAUUGAUGUGGCCAAAGAACUUGUUCGAAUUGAGAAGUCCAUCUUCCCUUAG